GUUCGCAGCUGCCCUGCGGACGGUCUGGGAGCGGCUCGCGCCUCCCAGAACCGCCCCGGGACCCCUCCGGAUUCCUCCGCAACAGCCGCGUCUGCACCUCCGGACUCUCCUGCGGUGCGGUGCGGUCCGGCCCAGCCCAGACCGUUCCUGCCCCGGGUCCGGCGCGGGGCUCGGCGGUGCCGGCCGGGGAUGCCGCGGCGCGGCUCGCGCCAUGUGGUACAUCAUGCAGAGCAUCCAGAGCAAAUACUCGCUGUCCGAGCGCCUUAUCCGCACCAUCGCCGCCAUCCGUUCCUUCCCCCGGGACAACGUGGAGGAUCUCAUCGGCCGGGUGAAGGAGAGUUCCUGACCCAGGGGGGUUCCUGUACUCCCCAGGGCGCCGAUGUGAACUGCCUGCACGGCACCCUCAAACCCCUGCACUGCGCCUGCAUGGUGGCUGAUGCUGACUGCGUGGAGCUCCUGCUGCAAAAAGGAGCUGAGGUGAAUGCCCUGGACGGCUACAACCGCACAGCCCUUCACUAUGCAGCAGAAAAAGACGAAACCUGCGUGGAGAUUUUGUUGGAGUACGGAGCCAACCCCAACGCCUUGGACGGCAACAAGGACACACCGCUGCACUGGGCAGCCUUCAAGAACAACGCCGAGUGUGUGCGGGCCCUGCUGGCCAAUGGUGCCCUGGUCAACGCCCUGGACUACAACAACGACACCCCCCUGAGUUGGGCAGCCAUGAAGGGUAACCUGGAGAGCGUCAGUGUCCUGCUGGACUUUGGCGCCGAGGUGCGCGUGGUCAACCUGAAGGGCCAGAGCCCCAUCUCGCGCUUGGUGGCACUGCUGGUGCGGGGCCUGGGCACAGAGCGUGAAGAUUCCUGCCUGGAUUUGCUCCACAGAGCCACGGGACACUUUGAGCUGCGCAAGAACGGGAGCCUGCCCUGGGAGGUGGCCCGGGACCCGCAGCUGUGCCAGCGUCUGACGCUGCUGUGCUCGGCACCGGGCACGCUGCAGGCGCUGUCGCGCUACGCCGUGCGCCGCUCGCUCGGCCUGUGCUUUCUGCCCCAGGCUGUGCAGCAGCUGCCGCUGCCCGCCUGCCUCAAGGAGUACCUGCUGCUGCUCACCUGAGGGAGGGACACCUGCCCUUCCCCAGAUCGCUUCUGGGAGAGGUUCUCCGCUCGCUUCAUGACUCACCGGGUUCUUCUCUGUGGUUUUGUUCCGCUCGGCCACCCAGGACCCCACUGGCGCCUCAACACUGCCUCCAUUUCCUCCCCCUGUCCCUUCUAUUUUGUCUCACAAUUCCUCCUCCCUGUCCCCUCCAUUUCUCCCCCUGUCCCCUCCACUUCUCCCUCUGUCCCCCGCUUUCACUUGCCUGCAAUGAACUAUAUCCCUUUGAUGGCAAAUUAUAUCCCAGCUAUUAGGUUAAUCUGGA